AUGAAUAAUAUAAAUUUUAGUAAUACGAGCAAUACAAACGGACAUACUUCUAUUUAUAAAGAAAAUUAUGGAAAUAACAAAAUAGGCAUAAAUGAAGGGUUAAUGAAUUAUUCAAAAGAUUCUGAUGAAAUAUAUAAUAAUAAUAAUAAUAAUAAUAUAGGUGAUAUGAACAAGAGGAAAGAAGAAAAUAUUAAAAGUAUAACUCAUUUUGCCAGAUAUUUAUUUUUUAUAGCAAAAAAAAUUGCCUAUUCAAAAGAUAGUCCCAAUAAUAAUUUAUGUUCUGAUGAAGAAAUUCAGAAAUCUUUAGUUAAGCAUUUAAUAUAUAAAUUAAAUAAAAUAUUAUCUUCACUUUUAAAUUUUAAUGUCUUACAAUAUAAUGAAAAUGAAAAAAAUAUAAAACAAGAAAUUGAAUAUGUAUGUUUAAAGAAUAGUAAUAUAACAUUAAAUAAAAUAAGAUACAUGUUAAAAAAACUAGACAACAGUAAUAUAAAUUAUAAAUAUAUUUUAUAUAUAUUAUUAAAGUUAAAAGAAUAUGAUGAUAAAAACCCACCUAGGGUACCAGAAAUGGAUAAUAAAAAUAUAAAUAAUUUAAGCAUUCAUCAUAAUAAUAAUUUUGUACUAAAUAAACAUAUCAAUGAUAAUAAUAAAAAUGUUCAUAAUAUUAAUCACAAUGAUAAAAUAUAUGCAAAUAAUUUACACAAAGCAGAAGAUUCUUCUGUACAUAUCAUAAGAAAUACAAACGAAAAAGUUAAUACGAUAAAAGAACACACAACGAAUAAUACUAAUCUCCCAAAUAAUAUACAUAACAAUUAUAAUUUAAAUAAUCAUAAUAUUAAUAAAGAUGAUACAAACCAUUUUUACCAAAAUAAUUAUGGACAUCAUAAUAAUUCAUUACAUAAUUUUAAUCAAAUAAAACAAGAAGAAUACGAAGAAAAUAAAAAACAUUGUAAAUUAAUAAAUAAAAAUGAUAAUAAAAAUACACUUUCGCUACGUUAUGAAAAAAAAAAUGAAAAUGAUAAUUUUAUAAAUAAUAAUAAAAAUAGUAUCAUUCUUCAUAAAAAUAAUUUAGUAAAUAAAAGCUUAUAUGCAAAUAUUAUUUUAAAUAAUAAAUUUCAUAGUUUAGAUGUCGAAGAAAAUUUCCUUCUAAGAGAUCUUAUAUAUCCAUUGCAAGGCAUAGACGGAGAAUUCAUCAAAUAUAAUAAACGUGAAAAAAUAUUUUGUGUACAGAACAGAAAAGUUAGCUUAGGAAUGCAACAUUUAAUAAACAAUAUUGGUAGCGUAGGUUUGCUAUUCAAAAAAAUUAAAACUUUUAUAAGCUAUUCAAAUGUGGAUCACAGACGAAAAAUAAGCGUGUACGAUGAUAGUGAUAAUAACUCUAGCGAUCUUGACGAUUUUGAUCAUAAUGAUAAACAUUAUUACUAUAAUGAUAUAGGAAAUCAUCCAAAUGGUCAUAGUAAUGAAUAUACAAACAAUGCAUCAAAUAAUCUUCAGCAACUCAAAUUUAAAUUACACAAAGAAAAUUUUAUUCCACACAAUACAGAUAAUGAAAAAACAGAAAACAGAACGUUUGGUGAUAUAUACAAAAGAGGAAAUGCUAAUGACAUGCACAUGAACACGCAAGGUAAUGUAGAUGAUAUUCACAUGAACAUGCAAAGUAAUGUAGAUGACAUUCACAUGAACACGCAAGGUAAUGUAGAUGACAUUCACAUGAACAUGCAAGGUAAUGUAGAUGACUUUCACAUGAACACACAAGGUAAUAUAGAUAACAAUCACAUGAACAGUCAUGUAAAAAAUGGAAAACUGCUAAAUUGUGAAAAUAAAAAGGGUAAUAGUUCAAAACUUCGAAUAAAAAAAUAUAGGAAAGAAGUAUAUAUGGUAUCUAAAAAGGGUAGUUUAGUAAUAGACGCUUUAUAUCAGGUAAUACGUGAAUAUAUGAAUGAGUAUUACAAGUUAUUAUCGUAUAUAGAGAGUGAUAUUAAUGAGCAUAUACAUAAGAACACGGUGUAUAUAGGGAUAAAGAAGUUAUAUUUAUUGUUACAAGAAUCUUAUAAGAUAUUAAGAGUGUUGGUGGGUGUGAUAGAUGAGUCGUUGCGCAAUACAGGUUGUACCUUUUUAUCAUAUUUAUAUUCGAAAUCGCAAACAUAUGAUUAUGAGGAGCAAAAAAUAUAUAAGAAGAUUUUACAAAGAUGUAUAAAGCCAGUAAAUGAAAUAUUAAAGCAUUGGAUUGAGUAUGGGGUAUUGAAAGAUAAGUAUAAUGAGACUUUUAUAGCAUCAAAUAAGAUAGUGAAUUCAGAAGAAAUAUGGUUGAAUAAAUUUUAUUUGAAUGUAAAUAAGAUACCUUUAUUUCUUAGUUUUAGUAUAGCAAAAAAAAUUUUGAUGACAGGCAAAAGUGUGUAUUUGCUUAAUACUUUUAUAAAUAACAAUGUGAUGAAUAAUUAUAUGAAAGGUGCAUAUGUGUAUAAUAAUAGUAGAGAUAAUUAUAUAUCGUCCAUGUUAAAUAGGAAACCAUUAAAUUAUAACAAACAGAUUUUAUUAAAAGGUCAUAAAAAAGAAAAUGGAGAUGAAGAUGAAAGUGAAGAUGAAAGUGAAGAUGACAGUGAAGAAGACGAAAAAAAAAUUGAUUAUAUUAAGAAGAAAGGUAAUAAACAAGUUGAUUAUUUUAAUGAUAUAAAAGCCAAAAGGAAUGGUGAAAAAAAUGAUGAAAUGUAUGAAGAUCCUCAAAGAGGGGUAAAAAAAAAAAAAAAAAACAAACUGGAUGGUAAUAAUAAUAAUAAUAAUAAUAAUAAUAAUUGUGAUUAUUAUAAAAACGAUUCAUUAUAUUAUUCACGUCAUAAGAAUAAGGAGAAAUAUUCAGAAUAUAACGAUGACUAUAAUAUAGAAGAUGAAGAUUAUGAUGAUAAAAAUAUGAUCGAUGUAUUUUCUAUUAAUGAUAUUAGUAUGUAUAUAGAAAAUAUAGAUGAUUAUAUUAAUAAAAUAUCUGAAAAGAAAAAUAAGAAUUUGAUAAAUGUAUUAUUAAAUAAUUAUAAUUUAUAUGAAAAUUUCCAAGCAUUUCGUCAUUUCCUUUUAUUAGUUGAUGGUGAUUUAUUUGAAACAUUAUUUGAUAAUAUGAAAAAUGAUUUAUAUAUGAAUGCUGAAGAAUUAAAAAGACAUUAUCUUAAUAGUAAAUUAGAUUUAUGUAUAAAAUCAUCAUCAUUAUUUACUGAGAAUUCAAAUAUAAUAAAUAAAUUGACACUUGAUAAAUUUAAUAUGAAAAGAGGAGAUACAGGUUGGGAUGUCUUAGUUUUUGAUUAUUUAGUUGAGAAACCAUUAGAUAUAAUAUUUACAAAGAAAAUAAAAAAUAUAUAUAAAAGUAUAAAUAUUUUAUUAAUAAAAUUAAAAAAGAUACAAUGUGAAUUAUCAAAUAUGUGGUAUUUAUUUACACAUUUAUUUAAAAUAAUAAAUAUAAUUUAUUAUAAUUCUUUAUUUAAUUUUUGUAAUAUUAUAAGAAAUGAAAUGUUCCAUUUUGUUCAAAAUAUUUUAUCCUAUUUUUAUUAUGAUGUUAUAGAUACGAAUUGGCAUGCAUUCAAAAAAAAAAUUUUCUUAUGUAAUAACUUAGAUCAAUUAAUAAAAGCACAUUAUAAUUAUAUUACACAAAUACAAUAUGAUUUAUUCUUAGGAAAUUAUCAUGAUCUUAUAUUAUCAGCACGAAGAAAAUAUGACCGUAACAACCAUAAUAAUGAUAAUUCUUAUCAUGUUCUUACGAACACAGAUGAAGGAGAAGCUAACUAUUUAUAUAAUGAUUAUUCUUCUUAUACAAAUACUCCGGAAAAUGAAUACUUGGAUAUGGAAGAAUGUUAUCUAAAUAAUCAUAAUUUAAAUAUGUUCAAAAAUCCAAACCAACAACAACAAAAAUUAACACACCAACGACAAUAUCAAGAUCACGAUCGAGAUGAAGAAGGAAGAGAAAAAAUUGAAUACAAGAGAAAUAUGAAAAAUAAAUAUAAAAAUGAUAAUGAAGAAUAUAUACAUCCGAAUGUAGAAAAUGAAUCACAUAAGUGUUUAAAUAAAAUAUUAGAUAUUAUAACAAGAUUUAUUAAUAUUACAACUUCAUUAGUUUCUUUAAUAUGUGAACAUUAUAAUGAAAUUAAAAAACUCAUACAAGAAAGAAAAGAUAUAGAUAUGGAAGAAAAAACACAUGAAAAAAACAAUCAUAAUUAUAUUAGUGAUGAUUCUUAUCAAAAUCAUGAUAACUAUAUUGAUUACAUUAAUUAUUAUAUUAAUUAUAAAAUUAUAGGAGAACCAACCAUUAAAGAUAUUAAAAUGUUAUUGAAAUAUUAUAGAAAUUAUAUUUAUAAAUUUAUUUGUUUAUUAUUAGGUGAAAAUAAAUUCUUAUACAUGUAUUCUAAAAAUACUAACAGAGAUAAAAUAUCCUCUCUAAGAUUAUUAGCAUCAAGAUUAGAUUUUAAUUUGUAUUAUGUAAGAUUAUCUAAAGGAUCAGAUAGAAAAAUACAUCCUACAAAGCUUAAUAUAUCUAAACGUAUUAAUAUGAUGAACACAUGA